UUUUUUUUAUUUCUUUGCGUCGUCUCGUCUGACAAAACCCGCUCGCCCCGAUAAAGUCGCGGCGAUUCGAAAAGACGGCGGUAAUCGUAAGUGCGUUUACUCGCCGCGGCUGCGCUUUUUUUCCUCCCGUACCGCGGCUCGUUAAAGGCUUGCGAAAUCACGAGUAUCGCGUCAAUGUUCCAUAAAUAUGGAAAUGAAUGGAUACGAUCGUCGAUCCUUCUUCUCCCGAUAGCGGUCUCCUUUGUUCGUUGCGUGUCGAUCCCGCGAUACGUACGCGUGUUUCUUGCGCGUUUCUCCGGACGACCGGUUCGUCUUCUCGUUGAUCCCCGCCGAAGACGAUCGAGAUCGUCGCGGAUCGUCGAUUAGCAUAAUUAAAAGAACACGAUAUGCGCGAGAAUUUUCCAUGCUGGAAAUAAAAAAAAAAAGGAAGAGCGUCACGAGGCGCCGGGAAAGUGUUUGAACGACGCGUCGCGUCGCUGACAGCACGCUGUCGCGAGUGUUACGCUUUCACGAAUCGAAACCUGCGAGCCGAUUUUGGACGCGGCAUUAUUUCUGUAGAAAAAUCAGUGCCUUUCGGUGACAACAGUGUCGACGAAUUUUGCAAUUUAUUUAAAAAUUCAUCUCGGUAAGGAAAAUGAAAAAAAAAAAAUCAUAUUCGAGAAAAUAAUGUAGAAAGAAAAGGAAAGGUUGAGAAAAGCUGGUAAUUGUAUAGAAAGGGAAGGAGGGGAAAGGGCCGGGGUUGCGGUGGUGUCGGAGGAGAUAGCGGCAUCCGUUUCGAAGCCCGUUGCGGGACGCUCGCCACACCCGCCCGUUUGGGAAUUCAACUUACUGCCACUCGGGACACCCGAAGCGUUCGACGUUUUCUCCUCGGCGUAACGGGCAUCACGAAAGGCGGCUGUUCACGGCGGAUUAGAGCCGACUGGCGCAGAAAUUGCCCGCAGUCGCUUUUCUGCGCCGCCUUGUGCCGUUACGGAUCCGACGACUUGCCGUGGGAUUAACAAUUCCGUUUCCGAGAGGGAAGAAAGACGUUGCCUCGUAGAUUUACGGACGGAAUAAAUAUUCUCACCGUGUGAACAUCGUGAUUUCGACGAAUCGGUCGACACUGGUGCACUGAUCGUUUCCGGUGGAGAAAGUGUUUGGCGUUUGUUCAAAAUCGCCGCGCGAAACAGUGAAAGAGUGACAGUUUCGAGUUUCGUAUCGAAAAGUUUUUCUAAUAAAUCUUCUCUGAGGAAUCGAUGCGUUUUUCAAGUAUUUUCAUCGUUACCAGAGACUCCUACGCGAGCCGAGGACAGAGACGGUCGUAUAGGAGGUACGUCGAUUUUCCUGCGGCAUCCCGGAAGCGAGGACAACAACCUACGCGACGGUGAUCGUCAACGUCGAGCCAAUCUUCACGGUGUGUGUGCGUGUGUGUCCUCUGUUCGUACAGCACGUAUUCCGUGUCCUCGUCUACCCGCUGGCCGUGCCGCGCGUAUAUACUCGUCCGAACUAUAAUGCUGGCGGUUGACGGUUUCGGUGAUCGACGACGACGCGGCCGGUGAACUAGUGACAGUGUGAAAUCGAUCGUCAGGGAAACCUGCUAGCGACCGGGCGUACACUAAAUAUAGCCAGGAAUAAUGGCCAGCGCGACAAUGGGACUCCGUCGCAGAGUGCCGGUGAACAAUUCGCCGACCCCGUCGAGCCAAUCCACGUCUGCGGCUACCGGCUCGUCCAGCAAGCGAUCAAGGUCCGAGAACAACAACAGCCCGUCCCAUGGUAAUCUGAACUCGAUGAACGGUGCCCGGGACGAGCCACCGGCGAAGAAAUCCCGUGGCACAUCGACCACCAAGACGUCCUCCUCACCGGAGACCAGCCCCGCGACCAAAAGUCGCGGGGGUUCGGUGUCCAGGUCUAACGCCCAGUCUAAAACGUCCGCCUCGUCGGCGUCCACGACGGACGGCGUGUCCAACGGUAUUUUAUCCACCAGUUGGACAUCCUCGAACAUGUCCGACGUGUCCACGUACGCGUCCGUACCUGGAUUGAACAUGGCCCCCAGCCCUACGACCGGCCUGUGCGCCGGUAGCCUCAGCAUGACCACCCCGAUACCCUACAUGUCCUCCUCGAUGGCGACGUUCGUCGGGAACGCGACCAACCUGGGCAAAAGCUCGUCCGUCUCGUACCUGGACAUCUCGAACAUGACCGGCGGAUCAUUGAGCUCGAACGCAUCGGGGAAUCUGAACGCGGGCUACGUCGGUAACGGGAACGCGAACGGCGCGAUGGACUCGAAGAACGUGGGCAUGCCGUUCCCGGGCAUCACACCGGGCGUGAACGGGACCACCGCGUACGGGAUGCAAAAGGGAGGACCGGAAAGUGCCGGACUGCCGAAGAAGUUUCAGAACGACGGGAUGUUCAAUGCGUAUCAACCGUGGGUGAUCAAGACCUACGGGGACUUGGCUAAGACCAAAACGAUCACGAUCAAAAAGUACGCUCGUAUAUUGAGGACAUUGAGGGGGGAGGAGGUGAACAGUGCGGAGAACAGCAAAUUUCGAUUUUGGGUGAAGAGCAAGGGUUUCCACAUCGGCCAGCCGGAAGGAUACGACGCGAAACCGGCGGACAGGAUUAUCGGCCGUCAUGCAGUGACGAGCCCCGGAUUGGAUCCUCCGUUGUACGUGCCCACACAGCUGCCGCACAACAAGGCGUUAAACGGGGCUGAGGGAACCGUUCCACCCGGAAGAGUGUACAAGAAGGUUGCAAUCGUGGAGAACUUCUUCGACAUUAUUCAUGCUGUCCACGUUGACCUUGAAGGUCGUCCGGGAAAGCAUGCCGGUCAAAAGAGAACGUACAGGACGAUCACGGAAACGUACGCCUUUCUUCCCCGGGAAGCGGUAACGCGAUUUCUGUUGGGCUGCACGGAAUGCCAACGACGUCCGCGAACCCCAAGCCCGACGAAUUUAUCCAACCAAUCGCAGUCGACGUCGGCGGCGUCGCUAACGACGACGACAUUGACGUCGACGACGGCGACGACAGCGUUGAGCGGGAACCAAGCGAGCGCCGCCCUAACCGCGACGUCGACGACGUCGGUGCAAAGUAGCCCUAAGCUGCGCGAGGGAAAUCACGGCGGCGAGGGCAAGCCUCUCUACAGUUACAGGCAUCAAAAGCAUCAAAAGGGGAGCUCGGUCGUUUCGACGGACAAAACCGAUAAGGAGAAAGAAGAGAAAUACAAUCCCCUGAGUAUCACGAAUUUGCUGAAGAAGGAGCCGGUCGCAGGCAGUUUUUUGCCGACCACGGACAGUCUGCCCGAUUCACGAAGAACCCCCGAGUCGGAUCGAGCCAGCUCGAAAAGCUCGGCCUCGUCGAAGAGGAAAAGGAUGUUGCCAGAGGGUCGAACACCGUCCCCUCAGCCCAGCCAACCGUUGCCAAGGCCGUGGAGCCCUGGACUCGAUCCCAAGAACACGCCCAUCGACUACAGUCUUCCCAUCACUACCUCGUACCUGAAGCAUCAGCAGAGGCUACUGCAGGCGGAGAAAAACAAGGCCGCUGCGUUAAAGGAGACCGAGACCGAGCAGAAAGUCACGGUACUGCCCACGGAGGAGAUCGAGAACGUCGAGAGGGAGAGAUAUUCACCUGCCACUGGAUUGAUCGAUACCAAUCUCAAUCUAUUGGCCACCAUUCAGCACCUGCACUGCCAAGUGAUGCUGGCCCUCACCGAAAGGCUCAGACCUUCCAUCACCAUGCCAAGCCCUCUCGUGCUACCUUCUGCGGCUAAUGUAUUAUCGAACGGUAUGAUGAUCGGCUCGGAGGUGUCGGUGCAGACCGGUGAGAAUCACGCGUGAAGAGAUCAACCCUGAAGGAAGGAUAAUUAAAAAUCAGAAGUCAGGACUUUAAUUCCUCCGUCCCUUCUCUCUUGGGCAUCGAAUACCGUUUAGAUGUCUCGUUGUUUUUAUUUUUUAAAUGGUAUCAAGGACGGUUAUUGCAGUGGAUAAUAAAGGGAUGAUAUUUUUUACCAAUCGUGGUACAGAGACAAGGGAUGGAGUUCACCAAUUUCGACGGAAACACAGGUUUCUUUCUCGAUUCGUCAGCUAAAUGCGUCCUCGGCCAACUGCUCAGGAGUCCGCGAUUCUUUCAGGACGAAGUUAACGCGGUCAGAUAUCCGAUCCGAGCUGCCAUUCAAACUCACGGCUAACGCGAUCAUCUAUUAAAACCGGAUAAGAUCAAUUACUUGGUCGGCGUCGCGGCGUCAACGUCAGUUAAACCGGAUCGCUUGGUUCGUUUUCGCGUUCUCGAUAUAGACGAGGAAACGGGACGCGAAUUAUUCGUGAGCCUGUCAAAAUAUGGGUCGACCGUCGCAUGUCACCGAUUUAUAGACGAGCCGCAACGACCGCAGACCGAAAUCCGCUUCUCCUGACCCCGGGGCCGUUUCGAUAUAUUUCGAGAUCGGAUCGAAAGCGAGGAUAGAUUCGAUAGACGAUUGUCGACGCGAGGAUAACUGCUGAAUAUUUAAUCACCGAACAAGAUUGUCCCGACCUAACUCGUUGCGUGGCUGACCCGCGAUGCUUUCGAUCGUCCAUGGAUAAGUCAUCCAUCCGGUUCGAUGGAUUUUAAAACGGACCGGCUAUAACUCAGUUUAAAACAAACUUUGAUGUCUGAAAUGUGUUAAAUACUGAGUUAUCCAAAUUGUCUUUAAAAUAUCAUUGAUUUUGGUUGUCGAUGUUACACGAUCGCGAUACGCACAAUUACGCUUACUUUCGAUCGCAGGAUAUCGAUUUUGGGCUGGGAAUCGAUGUAUAUCGACAACUAAAUUGGGACCUCGCUUUGUAACGCGAACGUUGUUAAACCAAAGGCGUCGUGGAUGAAAUCUCCAUGUGAUUCAAUCGAAUUAUUGCCGAUUUAUCGUUGAUAAUGGGAACGGUUCCAUUGGUGUGACGCUAAAGUUUUUUCGUAUUUCACCGUGUAGACUAGCUUUGUUUAUGAUGUUAAGCUAGAGGGUAGUAUUUUUCUUCGUGUAUCAUGAAUAGCUUGUCGUUAACCUCGAAGACAACGGGUAUGAUCACACGGACGUGUUUGUAAUAGAGGUUUGAUAAUCGUUGUGAAAGUAGAUACAGAAAUGUUGAGGAUGACACGGAAGUGUUGAAUAGCAACGGAUCUAUUAUUUUGUAUAUAAUCGUUGUAACAUAGCGCAGAUAGUUGUUAAGGGUAAAGCGAGCGAUUGUAUUAUUAUGAAUAAUAUUGCUAUUAUUAUUACCGUGACAGUUACAUCAUGAUUAUGAUCAUUAUUAAUUAUUAUUAUUAUUUUAUUAUAUUUAAAUUGCACACCAACGAGAUGGGAAAAUAUAUGAAAUCACAAAAUCUAAAUUGUUCAAUUUUUUUCCGUUCUCCUUCCUUAUGAUUGGAAUAAUUAAGGUUUGAUAAUUUGGAUCGAUUAAAUACGAUACAUGUGUAAUUGAAUAACGUCAAUAAAUUUAAGUGCAAAUAUAUG